AUGGGAAAAAAGGAGACUCUUUUUUCAUCGUUUAGGCAACUUUUUUACGAUGGACAUCAGCAGUUGGCGUUAAAUUUAGCAACGACAAUAGGAUGUUCAGCCCAGCCACCACCUCCAUCAGACAAACUCUUUCGUCUUGUAUCGAUGGCAAAACAGUUUAUAGAUGAACAUGAUUCGAAGGAAAAAGAUUUCGUUUUGCAGGUAGAAGGAAUAUCUACCGGUCUGGAUUUAGAAUUUGAUGCUGAUAUUGAGCCAACAUCGCCAGAGCCGAGUAUGUACGAAACUAUUUAUUUAACUUCGCACAAAUCGCCAUGUCGUGCAUCGGCAUUCAAUAAUGAUGGCACUCUUUUGGCUACUGGUUCUGCUGAUUGUUCUAUAAAAAUUUUGGAUGUUGAGAGGAUUCUGGCGCGUGAAGUUCGUGGUGAAGUGAAUCUAACCGAAAAUGGUCCUGAUGCUCAACAUCCUAUAAUUCGAACUCUCUAUGAUCAUAUUGAUGAAGUUAAUUGUAUUGCUUUUCAUCCUCGAGAACAGAUUGUAAUCUCUGGAGCGAAUGAUUUUACUGUUAAAAUGUUCGAUUUCUCAAAAACAGCCGUAAAAAGGGCAAUGAAGACUAUUUUCGAAGUUGAGCCUAUUCGUGCACUUUCUUUUCAUCCUGCUGGCGAAUUUCUUCUUGUUGCUACGAACCAUCCUACUCUGAGAUUGUACAAUAUUGAAACACAGCAAUGCUAUGUAUGUUCAGUACCAACCGAUCAACAUCGUGAUACUGUGAUGGAUGUUAACUAUUCUGAUAAUGCAAGACUAUAUGUUACGGGAUCUAAAGAUGGUGAUGUCAAAGUUUGGGAUGGAAUAUCAAAUCGCUGUGUCGAAACGUUCCAGAGAGCACAUGAUGGUGCGCAAAUUACCAGUGCUGCAUUUACAAGAAAUGGAAAAUAUAUAUUAACAUCAGGAUUGGAUAGUAUUGUAAAACUGUGGGAAUUGUCUACAAAUCGUUGCUUAAUAGCAUAUACUGGCGCGGGAGCAACUGGGGCUCAAGAGUACCCCAUCCAAGCAUCGUUCAAUCAUAAUGAAGAUUAUGUUUUAUUUCCUGAUGAAAAGUCUGGCAGUUUGUGUUCCUGGGAUGCUCGCAAUUCCGAUAGGAAACGGCUUUUAGCUCUAGGGCAUACUGCAGCAACUCGAACAUUUACUCAUUCUCCUACAAUGCCAGCUUUUGUGACUGGUAGUGAUGAUUUCCGAGCAAGAUUCUGGUACAAAAAGUCGCAAUAA